GAUCCCAGUUUACAUGGGUGAGUAGCUGCAUCCCAUUAAAAAUAAAUUCGUAGUAACCUUAACUUCAUUGCCAGAUUAAGCAAAAGGGGAUAUUGUACCCUAAGCAGAAUAUUCCUAAUUCCUCUGGGUUGAGACAGGUUUAUCCCCAAAUUCCAUUUAAGUAACUGAAAACUGUUGGCAAUCAUCUUAACACUUUCCGGGGCGUCAGCAUGAGGCCAGCGAACGGUUCUCAUUCUGCAUAAAUGAUUUUUAACGUUGACACGUGCUUGGAACCACAAGCACUGGAAGGGUCUGAACAAGGCGCUUUAGAUGAGGAAUCUAAAGUAAAUGUAACGUCACUCUUGCCCAGGUUUCUAAGGCGAGGGGCACUGCGGGCUUGACCAGCGGGCCGCGGGGGAUCGGAGGUCGGCCGAAGGGGCAGCGCCAGACAGAGAGAGUAAUCAUGGGCCAGACUGGGAAGAAAUCUGAGAAGGGACCAGUUUGUUGGCGGAAGCGUGUAAAAUCAGAGUACAUGCGGCUGCGGCAGCUCAAGAGGUUCAGGCGGGCUGACGAAGUGAAGAGCAUGUUUAGUUCCAAUCGUCAGAAAAUUUUGGAAAGAACGGAAAUCUUAAACCAAGAAUGGAAACAGCGAAGGAUACAGCCUGUACACAUCCUGACUUCUGUGAGGAAACUGAGCCUUAAGUCAAAGGAGUUAAGUCAUUUCUCUUGCUCUAAUGAUCUGAUGUGGGACCAGAAGAGUACACUUCGCUCAGACACAUUAGAAAGCCAUUCACCUGCUCUUCCCUCUACGAUUUUCCAUAACACAGUUUUUACUUGGAACCAGCCUUCUGCCAAGAGUCUCAGUUUGGUUGUGUACUCCUACAACUACUAUUUUUGGCUUGACUUCCCUCUCCAGCUCCCAGUGGUCCAGCCACACAGUCGCCUAUUGUACCAGCUGGUUGAUUGUUCAGUGACCAGUGACUUGGAUUUUCCAACACAAGUUAUCCCAUUAAAGACUCUGAAUGCCGUUGCUUCAGUACCCAUAAUGUAUUCUUGGUCUCCCCUGCAGCAGAAUUUCAUGGUGGAAGAUGAAACUGUUUUACAUAACAUUCCUUAUAUGGGGGAUGAAGUUUUAGAUCAAGAUGGGACUUUUAUUGAAGAACUAAUAAAAAAUUAUGAUGGAAAAGUACAUGGGGAUAGAGAAUGUGGAUUUAUAAAUGAUGAAAUUUUUGUGGAGUUGGUGAAUGCUCUUGGUCAGUACAAUGAUGAUGAUGAUGAUGAUGAUGGAGAUGAUCCUGAUGAAAGAGAAGAAAAACAGAAAGGUCUAGAGGAGAACCGAGAAGAUAAAGAAAGCCGCCCACCUCGGAAAUUUCCUUCUGAUAAAAUUUUCGAAGCCAUUUCCUCAAUGUUUCCAGAUAAGGGCACAGCUGAAGAACUUAAGGAAAAGUAUAAAGAACUCACUGAGCAGCAGCUCCCCGGUGCACUUCCUCCUGAAUGUACCCCAAACAUAGACGGACCAAACGCUAAAUCUGUUCAGAGGGAGCAAAGCUUGCAUUCAUUUCAUACGCUUUUCUGUAGGCGAUGUUUUAAAUAUGACUGCUUCCUACAUCGUAAGUGCAAUUAUUCUUUCCAUGCAACACCCAACACUUACAAGCGGAAGAACACGGAGACCGCUCUGGACAACAAGCCCUGUGGACCGCAGUGUUACCAGCACCUGGAGGGGGCGAAGGAGUUCGCUGCUGCCCUCACCGCCGAACGCAUCAAGACGCCACCAAAGCGCCCGGGGGGCCGCCGAAGGGGGAGGCUGCCCAACAACAGCAGCAGGCCCAGCACCCCCACCAUCAACGUGCUGGAGGCCAAGGACACGGACAGUGACCGGGAGGCGGGGACCGAGACUGGUGGUGAGAACAACGAUAAAGAAGAGGAGGAGAAAAAAGACGAAACCUCCAGCUCCUCUGAAGCCAACUCUCGCUGUCAGACACCAAUAAAGAUGAAGCCAAACAGCGAGCCCCCCGAGAACGUGGAGUGGAGCGGGGCCGAGGCCUCCAUGUUCCGUGUCCUCAUCGGCACCUACUACGACAACUUCUGUGCCAUUGCCAGAUUAAUUGGGACCAAAACGUGCAGACAGGUGUAUGAGUUUCGGGUCAAAGAAUCCAGCAUCAUAGCUCCGGCUCCCGCUGAGGACGUCGAUACCCCUCCGAGGAAGAAGAAGAGGAAACACCGGUUGUGGGCUGCACACUGCAGAAAGAUACAGCUGAAAAAAGACGGCUCCUCUAACCACGUUUACAACUACCAACCCUGUGACCAUCCACGGCAGCCUUGUGACAGUUCGUGCCCUUGUGUGAUAGCACAAAAUUUUUGUGAAAAGUUUUGUCAAUGUAGUUCAGAGUGUCAAAACCGCUUUCCUGGAUGCCGCUGCAAAGCACAGUGCAACACCAAGCAGUGCCCGUGCUACCUGGCCGUCCGAGAGUGUGACCCUGACCUCUGUCUCACCUGUGGAGCUGCGGACCACUGGGACAGCAAGAAUGUCUCGUGCAAGAACUGCAGCAUCCAGCGGGGCUCCAAAAAGCAUUUACUGCUGGCGCCAUCUGAUGUGGCAGGCUGGGGGAUUUUCAUCAAAGAUCCCGUACAGAAGAAUGAAUUCAUCUCGGAAUACUGUGGAGAGAUUAUUUCUCAAGAUGAAGCAGACAGAAGAGGGAAAGUGUAUGACAAGUACAUGUGCAGCUUUCUCUUCAACUUGAAUAAUGAUUUUGUGGUGGACGCAACCCGCAAGGGUAACAAAAUUCGUUUUGCAAAUCAUUCAGUCAAUCCUAACUGCUAUGCAAAAGUUAUGAUGGUCAACGGCGAUCACAGGAUAGGCAUCUUUGCGAAGAGAGCCAUCCAGACUGGUGAAGAGCUGUUUUUUGAUUACAGAUACAGCCAGGCUGAUGCCCUGAAGUACGUGGGCAUCGAGCGAGAGAUGGAAAUCCCUUGACGUCGGCUACCUCCUUCCCCCCCGGAACGCUGCCUUAGCUUCAGAAACCUCGAGUACUGUGGGCAAUUUAGGAAAACAAACAAAAAAAAAUGCAGUUUGAAAUUCUGAAUUUGCAAAGUACUGUAAGAAUAAUUUAUAGUAAUGAGUUAAAAAAUCAACUUUUUAUUGCCUUCUCACCAGCUGCAAAAGUGUUUUGUACCAUUGGAUUUUUGCAAUAAUGCAGUAUGGUACAUUUUUCAACUUUGAAUAAAGAAUACUUGAACUUGUC